CACCCCCAUCCACGUGGCACCAGCGCCACCUCUCCCCCCACAUGUCCUCUCUCAUGCAUACCCAUCCACCAGCCACCUCCUUCCCGACCGCCAUGCUCACUUCCCCUUUUAUAUCCCGCUCAUUCCGGUUUCUCUGUGUGUCUCAUCUCGGACAAGCAUAUCAUCGAACAUAAAGCGAUCGCUUGUACAGAAGAAGUUGACGACAAAACAAUGGCGUCGGAACAGGUGUCUCGCAGGGAGAACACGACUACCGAGAGGGAGGUUCACAUUGAGAAGGAUCGAGUCCCCAAGAUGACCACCCACUUCGAGCAUCUCGCUGAACAGGUCAAGGAAGGAUCGGAUACCCCGCAAGGGAGUAUUCAGGAGUUACAGGGUGGGGAGUACAGGAAGGAGCAUGGCGGGAGAGCCAUUGGGGAUAUUGGCGGGACUGGGAAAGCCAGGGAGACUCAUGAAUUGGGGCCUCAUUUCGAAUCUCUUGCUGAUAAGGUGAAGGGAGAAAAGGGGGAGAAGAAAGAGUCUUAUGCCGCUAAAGUCGGGAAUACCGCGCCCUUUUCAAAUGUGGGCCAGUUCGAAGGGAAAGCUGAAGCGAACAAGGGCUCGGCUGGAGGAGCUAGAGGGAGAGAUCAAUCUGAACCCGAGAGUCGAUCCAGAGUAGUGAAUACGGGCGGACCAACGCAAAGCGGUGUGGAGAAACAGGCAAGAGAAAACAGAGGGCAAGUUGAAGCGGAGAAAGGAAGAAGAGGGAACAAAGGGCAGGUUGAAGCAGAAGAGGGAAGAAGCUGGGAAAACAGGGGGAGGCUAGAAUCAGAAGAGAAACUGGGGACGAGAGGCACAGAGAGCGGAGGAGAAGUUAAAGGCAGGGUUGGAGUUGAAACUCAAGGUCCUACUGCUGUUAUAACGUGCACAUUCGAAGGAGGCGAGAAGGAAGAAGAUGGAAGGGACGCAAGAGGAUUAGAAUCAGCGACAGAGAGAGCAAGACGAGAAGAAAACAGAGGAAGAGGUGGUGAUCAGGAGAAAGAAUCACAAUCUACCUUGGAAGACAUUUCCAAAUACAGAGGCCAAGUCCAAGAGAACACAAUGGAAGCUAUGAGAGCAGCACAGGAGCGGUAUGAAAGAGCAAAGCAGGCAGCUAAUGAGACAGUCGGUUCUACAACCCAAACAACUCAGGAGAAAGCUGCACAGGCCAAGGACAUAGCAAUGGAAAAAGCUGCUCAAGCCAAAGACUACACACUAGAGAAAGGCCAACAAGGCUAUGCUACUGCAAAAGAUACCAUCUCAAGCGCCACUCAGACGGCUUCAGAUUACACCUCUCAAGCAGCAAAGAAGGCUGCUCAAGCUAAGGACGUGACAUUAGAGAAAGGCCAACAAGGUUAUGCUUCUGCAAAAGACACCAUCUCAAGCGCCACUCAGACGGCUGCAGAUUACACCUCUCAAGCAGCAGAGAAGGCGAAAUCUGCAGGUAGCACUACUACUCAAUAUGUUGGAGAGAAAGCUGGUCGGGCUAAGGAUGUCACUCUGGAGACUGGCAAGACUGCUGCUGAAUAUGCUGGAAAACUGGCGGCUGAUCUGAAGGACAAGGCGACUGUGGCAGGGUGGACGGCGGCGCAUUAUUCGACGGAGAAGACUGUGGAAGGGACAAAAGCGGCGGCGAAUAUUGUUCAGGGAACGGCGGGGUAUGCUGCUAAUAAGGCCAGUGAGCUUGCAUCCAAGUCAUUAGGUGCUGUCAAAGGGUUAGCUGCUAGAGCUGGGGAGACUGCUAAGGAUUAUACUGCGAGGAAGAAGGAGGAGGCAGAGAAGGAUUACGAAACUAAAAAAGCGUCUCAACCACAGGAAACUGAGCGGAGGCCAUCAUCUGGACAAGAACAAGGUCAAAAAGGAGGAGGCAUGUCCAAAACAUCACUGGAAGCUUUCAGGAAGGUGGUGGGAUUGGCGAAACUAUAG